AUGAAGAAGGACCUCAUCGUGCGCGAGCACGGCAUCCGCCUGCUGGAGGCCCAGAUCGCCACGGGCGGCGUCAUCGACCCCGUGCACAGCCACCGCGUGCCCGUGGACGUGGCCUACCAGCGCGGCUACUUCGACGAGGAGAUGAACCGCGUGCUGGAGGACCCCAGCGACGACACCAAGGGCUUCUUCGACCCCAACACGCACGAGAACCUCACGUACGUGCAGCUGCUGCGGCGCUGCGUGCGCGACCCCGACACGGGGCUCUACAUGCUGCAGCUGGCCGGCCGGGGCUCCGCCCUCCACCAGCUGGGCGAGGAGCUGCGCGCCGCCCUGCGAGACACCCGCGUGACGCUGGGCGCGGGCUCCGCGGCGGGCCAGCGCGUCUCCGUGUGGGAGCUCCUCUUCUACCGGGAGGUGUCCGAGAGUCAGCGGCAGGACCUGCUGCGCCGGUACCGGGAGGGCUCGCUGACCGCGCAGGAGGUGGGCGCUGCCCUCGUCUCGCUGCUGGCCGAGGCCCGAGGCGAGGCGAGGCCGAGGCUGGGUGGCGCGCCCCGGCGCCCGGACCCUCGGGGGGCGCUGCGCGCCGCCACCAUGGAGGUCGGUGGGCCGCCUGCGGGGCCCCGCGUGCCCGUGUGGGACGUGCUGGCUUCCGGCUACGUGAGCGCCGCCACGCGGGAGCAGCUGCUGGCCCAGUUCGGGUCGGGGACGCUGGGCUUGCCCGCGCUGACCCGCAGGCUGACCACCAUCAUCGAGGAGGCUGAGGCGGGCCCCCUCCCAAGGGGGCGCAGCUCCGGGCAGCGGGAGCCCGGGCCCCAGGGGCCGGGCGAGGGGGCCGACGCCGGACCCUCCUCCGGCCAGGACGCCGACGCCGCGGAUGCCGCCAGGCUGCAGGAGCAGGCCCUGCGCGCCGCCACCAUGGAGGUGCGCGUCGGGCGGUUCCAGGGCCGGCCCGUCUCCGUGUGGGAGGUCCUCUUCUCCUCCUACCUGAGCCAGGCCCGCCGGGACGAGCUGCUGGCCCAGCACGCGGCCGGCGCCCUGGCCCUGCCCGCCCUGGUCGCCGUCCUCACCAGCUCAUCGAGACGGGAGGAGAGGGCUGAGCAGGUGUCCUUCCGGGGCCUGAGGCGCCAGGUGUCGGCCUCCGAGCUGCACACGUCCGGGAUCCUGGGCCCCGAGACCCUGCGGGACCUGGCCCAGGGCACCAAGACCCUGCAGGAGGUGACGGAGAUGGACUCGGUGAAGCGCUACCUGGAGGGCACCAGCUGCAUCGCGGGCGUGCUGGUCCCCGCCAAGGACGAGCCCGGGCGCCAGGAGAAGAUGAGCAUCUACCAGGCCAUGUGGAAGGGCGUCCUGCGGCCGGGCACGGCCCUGGUGCUGCUGGAGGCGCAGGCGGCCACGGGCUUCGUCAUCGACCCGGUGCGCAACCAGAAGCUGUCCGUGGAGGAGGCGGUGGCCGCGGGCGUGGUGGGCGGCGAGCUCCAGGAGAAGCUGCUGUCGGCCCGACGCGCGGUCACCGGCUACACCGACCCCUACACCGGGCAGCAGAUCUCCCUCUUCCAGGCCAUGAAGAAGGACCUCAUCGUGCGCGAGCACGGCAUCCGCCUGCUGGAGGCCCAGAUCGCCACGGCGGCGUCAUCGACACCCGUGCACAGCCACCGCGUGCCCGUGGACGUGGCCUACCAGCGCGGCUACUUCGACGAGGAGAUGAACCGCGUGCUGGAGGACCCCAGCGACGACACCAAGGGCUUCUUCGACCCCAACACGCACGAGAACCUCACGUACGUGCAGCUGCUGCGGCGCUGCGUGCGCGACCCCGACACGGGGCUCUACAUGCUGCAGCUGGCCGCGGGCUCCGCCCUCCACCAGCUGGGCGAGGAGCUGCGCGCCGCCCUGCGAGACACCCGCGUGACGCUGGGCGCGGGCUCCCCGCGGGGCCAGCGCGUCUCCGUGUGGGAGCUCCUCUUCUACCGGGAGGUGUCCGAGAGUCCAGCGGCAGGACCUGCUGCGGCCGGUACCGGGAGGGCUCGCUGACGCGCGCAGGAGGUGGGCGCUGCCCUCGUCUCGCUGCUGGCCGAGGCCAGCGAGGCCGAGGCCGAGGCUGGGGUGGCGCGCGGCGCCCCGGACCCUCGGGGGGCGCUGCGCGCCGCCACCAUGGAGGUCCGGGUGGGCCGCCUGCGGGGGCCCGCGGUGCCCGUGUGGGACGUGCUGGCCUCCGGCUACGUGAGCGCCGCCACGCGGGAGCAGCUGCUGGCCCAGUUCGGGUCGGGGACGCUGGGCUUGCCCGCGCUGACCCGCAGGCUGACCACCAUCAUCGAGGAGGCUGAGGCGGCCCCCUCCCAAGGGGGCGCAGCCUCCGGGCAGCGGGAGCCCGGGCCCCAGGGGCCGGGCGAGGGGCCGACGGGACCCUCCUCCGGCCAGGACGCCGACGCCGCGGAUGCCGCCAGGGCCCUGCAGGAGCAGGCCCUGCGCGCCGCCACCAUGGAGGUGCGCGUCGGGCGGUUCCAGGGCCGGCCCGUCUCCGUGUGGGAGGUCCUCUUCUCCUCCUACCUGAGCCAGGCCCGCCGGGACGAGCUGCUGGCCCAGCACGCGGCCGGCGCCCUGGCCCUGCCCGCCCUGGUCGCCGUCCUCACCCAGCUCAUCGAGGAGACGGAGGAGCGGCUGAGCAAGGUGUCCUUCCGGGGCCUGAGGCGCCAGGUCGCCUCCGAGCUGCACACGUCCGGGAUCCUGGGCCCCGAGACCCUGCGGGACCUGGCCCAGGGCACCAAGACCCUGCAGGAGGUGACGGAGAUGGACUCGGUGAAGCGCUACCUGGAGGGCACCAGCUGCAUCGCGGGCGUGCUGGUCCCCGCCAAGGACGAGCCCGGGCGCCAGGAGAAGAUGAGCAUCUACCAGGCCAUGUGGAAGGGCGUCCUGCGGCCGGGCACGGCCCUGGUGCUGCUGGAGGCGCAGGCGGCCACGGGCUUCGUCAUCGACCCGGUGCGCAACCAGAAGCUGUCCGUGGAGGAGGCGGUGGCCGCGGGCGUGGUGGGCGGCGAGCUCCAGGAGAAGCUGCUGUCGGCCGAGCGCGCGGUCACCGGCUACACCGACCCCUACACCGGGCAGCAGAUCUCCCUCUUCCAGGCCAUGAAGAAGGACCUCAUCGUGCGCGAGCACGGCAUCCGCCUGCUGGAGGCCCAGAUCGCCACGGGCGGCGUCAUCGACCCCGUGCACAGCCACCGCGUGCCCGUGGACGUGGCCUACCAGCGCGGCUACUUCGACGAGGAGAUGAACCGCGUGCUGGAGGACCCCAGCGACGACACCAAGGGCUUCUUCGACCCCAACACGCACGAGAACCUCACGUACGUGCAGCUGCUGCGGCGCUGCGUGCGCGACCCCGACACGGGGCUCUACAUGCUGCAGCUGGCCGGCCGGGGCUCCGCCCUCCACCAGCUGGGCGAGGAGCUGCGCGCCGCCCUGCGAGACACCCGCGUGACCUGGCGCGGGCUCCCGCGGGGCCAGCGCGUCUCCGUGUGGGAGCUCCUCUUCUACCGGGAGGUGUCCGAGAGUCAGCGGCAGGACCUGCUGCGCCGGUACCGGGAGGGCUCGCUGACCGCGCAGGAGGUGGGCGCUGCCCUCGUCUCGCUGCUGGCCGAGGCCGAGGCCGAGGCUGGGGUGGCGCGCCCCGGCGCCCCGGACCCUCGGGGGGCGCUGCGCGCCGCCACCAUGGAGGUCCGGGUGGGCCGCCUGCGGGGGCCCGCGGUGCCCGUGUGGGACGUGCUGGCCUCCGGCUACGUGAGCGCCGCCACGCGGGAGCAGCUGCUGGCCCAGUUCGGGUCGGGGACGCUGGGCUUGCCCGCGCUGACCCGCAGGCUGACCACCAUCAUCGAGGAGGCUGAGGCGGCCCCCUCCCAAGGGGGCGCAGCCUCCGGGCAGCGGGAGCCCGGGCCCCAGGGGCCGGGCGAGGGGGCCGACGCGGGACCCUCCUCCGGCCAGGACGCCGACGCCGCGGAUGCCGCCAGGGCCCUGCAGGAGCAGGCCCUGCGCGCCGCCACCAUGGAGGUGCGCGUCGGGCGGUUCCAGGGCCGGCCCGUCUCCGUGUGGGAGGUCCUCUUCUCCUCCUACCUGAGCCAGGCCCGCCGGGACGAGCUGCUGGCCCAGCACGCGGCCGGCGCCCUGGCCCUGCCCGCCCUGGUCGCCGUCCUCACCCAGCUCAUCGAGGAGACGGAGGAGCGGCUGAGCAAGGUGUCCUUCCGGGGCCUGAGGCGCCAGGUGUCGGCCUCCGAGCUGCACACGUCCGGGAUCCUGGGCCCCGAGACCCUGCGGGACCUGGCCCAGGGCACCAAGACCCUGCAGGAGGUGACGGAGAUGGACUCGGUGAAGCGCUACCUGGAGGGCACCAGCUGCAUCGCGGGCGUGCUGGUCCCCGCCAAGGACGAGCCCGGGCGCCAGGAGAAGAUGAGCAUCUACCAGGCCAUGUGGAAGGGCGUCCUGCGGCCGGGCACGGCCCUGGUGCUGCUGGAGGCGCAGGCGGCCACGGGCUUCGUCAUCGACCCGGUGCGCAACCAGAAGCUGUCCGUGGAGGAGGCGGUGGCCGCGGGCGUGGUGGGCGGCGAGCUCCAGGAGAAGCUGCUGUCGGCCGAGCGCGCGGUCACCGGCUACACCGACCCCUACACCGGGCAGCAGAUCUCCCUCUUCCAGGCCAUGAAGAAGGACCUCAUCGUGCGCGAGCACGGCAUCCGCCUGCUGGAGGCCCAGAUCGCCACGGGCGGCGUCAUCGACCCCGUGCACAGCCACCGCGUGCCCGUGGACGUGGCCUACCAGCGCGGCUACUUCGACGAGGAGAUGAACCGCGUGCUGGAGGACCCCAGCGACGACACCAAGGGCUUCUUCGACCCCAACACGCACGAGAACCUCACGUACGUGCAGCUGCUGCGGCGCUGCGUGCGCGACCCCGACACGGGGCUCUACAUGCUGCAGCUGGCCGGCCGGGGCUCCGCCCUCCACCAGCUGGGCGAGGAGCUGCGCGCCGCCCUGCGAGACACCCGCGUGACGCUGGGCGCGGGGCUCCCGCGGGGCCAGCGCGUCUCCGUGUGGGAGCUCCUCUUCUACCGGGAGGUGUCCGAGAGUCAGCGGCAGGACCUGCUGCGCCGGUACCGGGAGGGCUCGCUGACCGCGCAGGAGGUGGGCGCUGCCCUCGUCUCGCUGCUGGCCGAGGCCGAGGCCGAGGCCGAGGCCGAGGCUGGGGUGGCGCGCCCCGGCGCCCCGGACCCUCGGGGGGCGCUGCGCGCCGCCACCAUGGAGGUCCGGGUGGGCCGCCUGCGGGGGCCCGCGGUGCCCGUGUGGGACGUGCUGGCCUCCGGCUACGUGAGCGCCGCCACGCGGGAGCAGCUGCUGGCCCAGUUCGGGUCGGGGACGCUGGGCUUGCCCGCGCUGACCCGCAGGCUGACCACCAUCAUCGAGGAGGCUGAGGCGGCCCCCUCCCAAGGGGGCGCAGCCUCCGGGCAGCGGGAGCCCGGGCCCCAGGGGCCGGGCGAGGGGGCCGACGCGGGACCCUCCUCCGGCCAGGACGCCGACGCCGCGGAUGCCGCCAGGGCCCUGCAGGAGCAGGCCCUGCGCGCCGCCACCAUGGAGGUGCGCGUCGGGCGGUUCCAGGGCCGGCCCGUCUCCGUGUGGGAGGUCCUCUUCUCCUCCUACCUGAGCCAGGCCCGCCGGGACGAGCUGCUGGCCCAGCACGCGGCCGGCGCCCUGGCCCUGCCCGCCCUGGUCGCCGUCCUCACCCAGCUCAUCGAGGAGACGGAGGAGCGGCUGAGCAAGGUGUCCUUCCGGGGCCUGAGGCGCCAGGUGUCGGCCUCCGAGCUGCACACGUCCGGGAUCCUGGGCCCCGAGACCCUGCGGGACCUGGCCCAGGGCACCAAGACCCUGCAGGAGGUGACGGAGAUGGACUCGGUGAAGCGCUACCUGGAGGGCACCAGCUGCAUCGCGGGCGUGCUGGUCCCCGCCAAGGACGAGCCCGGGCGCCAGGAGAAGAUGAGCAUCUACCAGGCCAUGUGGAAGGGCGUCCUGCGGCCGGGCACGGCCCUGGUGCUGCUGGAGGCGCAGGCGGCCACGGGCUUCGUCAUCGACCCGGUGCGCAACCAGAAGCUGUCCGUGGAGGAGGCGGUGGCCGCGGGCGUGGUGGGCGGCGAGCUCCAGGAGAAGCUGCUGUCGGCCGAGCGCGCGGUCACCGGCUACACCGACCCCUACACCGGGCAGCAGAUCUCCCUCUUCCAGGCCAUGAAGAAGGACCUCAUCGUGCGCGAGCACGGCAUCCGCCUGCUGGAGGCCCAGAUCGCCACGGGCGGCGUCAUCGACCCCGUGCACAGCCACCGCGUGCCCGUGGACGUGGCCUACCAGCGCGGCUACUUCGACGAGGAGAUGAACCGCGUGCUGGAGGACCCCAGCGACGACACCAAGGGCUUCUUCGACCCCAACACGCACGAGAACCUCACGUACGUGCAGCUGCUGCGGCGCUGCGUGCGCGACCCCGACACGGGGCUCUACAUGCUGCAGCUGGCCGGCCGGGGCUCCGCCCUCCACCAGCUGGGCGAGGAGCUGCGCGCCGCCCUGCGAGACACCCGCGUGACGCUGGGCGCGGGGCUCCCGCGGGGCCAGCGCGUCUCCGUGUGGGAGCUCCUCUUCUACCGGGAGGUGUCCGAGAGUCAGCGGCAGGACCUGCUGCGCCGGUACCGGGAGGGCUCGCUGACCGCGCAGGAGGUGGGCGCUGCCCUCGUCUCGCUGCUGGCCGAGGCCGAGGCCGAGGCCGAGGCCGAGGCUGGGGUGGCGCGCCCCGGCGCCCCGGACCCUCGGGGGGCGCUGCGCGCCGCCACCAUGGAGGUCCGGGUGGGCCGCCUGCGGGGGCCCGCGGUGCCCGUGUGGGACGUGCUGGCCUCCGGCUACGUGAGCGCCGCCACGCGGGAGCAGCUGCUGGCCCAGUUCGGGUCGGGGACGCUGGGCUUGCCCGCGCUGACCCGCAGGCUGACCACCAUCAUCGAGGAGGCUGAGGCGGCCCCCUCCCAAGGGGGCGCAGCCUCCGGGCAGCGGGAGCCCGGGCCCCAGGGGCCGGGCGAGGGGGCCGACGCGGGACCCUCCUCCGGCCAGGACGCCGACGCCGCGGAUGCCGCCAGGGCCCUGCAGGAGCAGGCCCUGCGCGCCGCCACCAUGGAGGUGCGCGUCGGGCGGUUCCAGGGCCGGCCCGUCUCCGUGUGGGAGGUCCUCUUCUCCUCCUACCUGAGCCAGGCCCGCCGGGACGAGCUGCUGGCCCAGCACGCGGCCGGCGCCCUGGCCCUGCCCGCCCUGGUCGCCGUCCUCACCCAGCUCAUCGAGGAGACGGAGGAGCGGCUGAGCAAGGUGUCCUUCCGGGGCCUGAGGCGCCAGGUGUCGGCCUCCGAGCUGCACACGUCCGGGAUCCUGGGCCCCGAGACCCUGCGGGACCUGGCCCAGGGCACCAAGACCCUGCAGGAGGUGACGGAGAUGGACUCGGUGAAGCGCUACCUGGAGGGCACCAGCUGCAUCGCGGGCGUGCUGGUCCCCGCCAAGGACGAGCCCGGGCGCCAGGAGAAGAUGAGCAUCUACCAGGCCAUGUGGAAGGGCGUCCUGCGGCCGGGCACGGCCCUGGUGCUGCUGGAGGCGCAGGCGGCCACGGGCUUCGUCAUCGACCCGGUGCGCAACCAGAAGCUGUCCGUGGAGGAGGCGGUGGCCGCGGGCGUGGUGGGCGGCGAGCUCCAGGAGAAGCUGCUGUCGGCCGAGCGCGCGGUCACCGGCUACACCGACCCCUACACCGGGCAGCAGAUCUCCCUCUUCCAGGCCAUGAAGAAGGACCUCAUCGUGCGCGAGCACGGCAUCCGCCUGCUGGAGGCCCAGAUCGCCACGGGCGGCGUCAUCGACCCCGUGCACAGCCACCGCGUGCCCGUGGACGUGGCCUACCAGCGCGGCUACUUCGACGAGGAGAUGAACCGCGUGCUGGAGGACCCCAGCGACGACACCAAGGGCUUCUUCGACCCCAACACGCACGAGAACCUCACGUACGUGCAGCUGCUCCAGAGGGCUACUCCUGACCCUGAAUCGGGGCUGUUAUUUCUUUCUCUCACUGGAAAAUGAUUCUUCAUCGUCUUGACUAAUUUUUUUUCUUUUGUUAAUAAUACAUUACAGUUUUUUAGAAUAUGUAUCGUGAUAUACCUGUUCAUUUUGUUUUCCUGCCUGUUAAUUACCUUCCUUUCUGUCACCUAGUGUUGAUUGUAAUGGCUUAUAUUAGUCUAUUUCCAUUAAAGUCAUGACCUUUAUCGUCUUUUU